AAACGUUGAACAACAAACAACGGACGAAAAUCACUUCUGUUCCAGUUUCAAAGGGUCCAAAUUGUCUCAGCGAAUAUACCAAAGUUCGGUCAGGGAAUCCACCAUUUCAGCUGCAUUCUCCAGUAUUGCCGAAUGCGGAACUAUACAGUUGCCGGAAUACCGCCCUGGCCCGUUACCGAUACAGAGCCCUAUUCCUUUGGAGCUGCGCAAGAAGCUACCUCUCCAUUUGAGCGAAGAUACAAGCCAGUUCACAAAUCUAUCGUCUUCUGUCAUUUUAUACAAUCCAAACACGGUUUCAUGCUCCGGUGUCCAUUUGACGGCUGCGCCUUACACAAGGGUGUCACCCUACUUGAUGUUGGCAUCUAAGCAGCUCCAAGUACUUGCUCAGCCUAAGGCAAAGAAUGGUGCCGAUUCAGGAAUUAGUAAUACCAGCCAAGAUACCCACAGCCUGUCGGAUGCUACUCAGUCAAACAGUGGUCUGCGUGUGGGAAUAGAAAUAAACAAAGCUUUCCAAACAUUAGAACUGAAUGCAAACGAACCGAGCAUGAAUUGCAGCUAUCUCGACUGUCAGAGGCCAGGGCCAGGUGGGACGAAAAGCGCUUGCUCAAAGCACCGUAUCUGCUCGAGGAGCUCUACUUCCAGUUCUACCGAUGGAAUUGCUUUGGCCUACACAAACCAGGUUGCGCUGGAUUCGAAAACUGAAACGUCAGAUAGCGAAACCGAAGACGAAGCCUUGGAACUUGAAGAUAUGCGAUACAUAUCAAGUGAAACAAGGACGAACUGGAGGUCUCGUCUCGUGUUCCAAAAUGCAACCAGUGCAAAUCCAUUGAGAGUCCACAUAAUCAAGGUUGGCGCCAUGCUGUACGUUCUUCUGUUGACCGUUAGCUGCUAUGUGGUUAUCAAAGAUGGGACAGCACCCGGAACCUCAUUAAAAACAAAUCGUUACACUGGGGUUAUUUUUACCUUCCUGGAUUGUGGUUCCCUGUUGUUCAUGCUGGGAUCGCUGUUUCGCUGCGUGAGACUCAAGCCGAGGUUGUGGAAUUCACUCAGACAGUCGAAAAGUCCUUGGAGACCAGCAGGAAGAACAAGCAGAUCACCGUCUAGCCCAAAAUCUCCAUUUUCCUGGCCGGAUUUUUUCUGUGGUAUACUUCAGCAUAAUAUGCAAACCUGCCCUAAAUCUGCUUGGUUAUCUACGACCACCGAUGAUUUGAAGGAAGAUCCGAGAAAUUUCCUCCAUAAACGGAAGCAUUCGGCGCACAGAAAGGAAGCUUUCAUCCAUUUAAUCUUUAUAGCAGUCGUUGCUAGCAUCACCGUGAUUCAGAUAGCCAUUGACUGGUGGAUUGAAAAACCGACAACACCGGAUUCUCGGAGAGUGUUCAGUUGCAACAAUUUUGCGCAGACCCAGCAUGACGUGCCUUCACUAGAAGCAAAGAGCAACGACACGAAGAAUUGGUCAGUGCACUCAGCUAAAGCAAAUUCUUGGAACGUUCAAAACAAUAGCUUGGAAAGUAUAUAUUAUGGAUGUCUACUGGGGCUUGUUACUGUGCAGGCACUGUUUUUGAGCAAUCCGUUCGAGGUAAUCUCACCGACACCAUUACUCUUUACAUUUGGUUACGCGCACCUAAUGUCAACCAAUAUCCUACGAUUCCUGAUGAUCUCCUUCUGUCACAACUGUACUCUGAUUACAGGUCAUUCAAAUCAAUCAAGGACUCCCGGCCUGUGGAUUUUUCUGGACACAUUAAACAAGCUCAGAUAUGUUUCUAGUUUCUUCUCUGCAAGCUACCUCCAUUUCUUGUGGAACGAAAAAUUGACGAAAAUCAACUGGUUCACACAGCAAAAGGAAGAGCUUCAACACAAUUUCACUGUAGGACGGACUGUAACUGGAGAACGCCUUGACGAAAUUCGGACAACCGAUUCUAAACGGAGUUUCAAACCAACAUCCAGGAGGUCGAAGCGCGGUAAAUUUUUCUUGAUUUCACGAGUUCACCUAGAACGGGUCACGCUCCACUGGACGGUCUGGUUGCUGGGCUCACUGCUAAUUUUUACCACAGCCACCGUAAUUAUUGUACUGAACGUGAAUAUAUCGUCUUAUUCAACCCGAACUAUCAUAUCCUUUUCAUGGAUUAUUCUACUUACGUUUUGUUCCACAGUCAUGGUGCAGUUAAUUUUGUAUAGAUUAUGGACCCUUAAUUCUUCUGCUGCUCUGCAGGUUGCACAGAGUAGGUGUAUUUGCCUGGAUAAAAGUUUUUGGAUGCCUUUGAAUUCCGUUUGCUUCAUAGGAUCAGUAAUCUUUCACACAACUCUGGUAUACAAUUCACUUAAGAUGGCUGAUUUAGGCCAGAUUACCAAAGUUCUACAGCUUUUAAGCAGCAUAAUACAGUUAUUUGAGAUCUGCGGCCAGCUUUUGGUAUGCUCCUUAACAAAUUUUAACCAACUCCGAACAAAACUAAUAAAAUCUUAUCAAUAUUUUGUAUCUUUCAUCAACAUUUCUAUAGUGGCUCUGUAUGUUGAUCAGUUUCUAGUUGAGCAUCAAGUUUUCUCCGCUAACUAUUGCCAAGAACAAGUAGUCUUUUCUGCUUACAUUUUAUUCAGAAUCUUGAUGUCGAUAGCGGCUUGACUAUCUG